AUGGCGAUUCGUCGCCCUAUCAGUCCUCUUGCUUUGCGCGGCAGCCUUAGUGACCCCUUCGAAGGCGUCCGCCAGUCCCUCUCGCGCCUUGAUACCAAGUUGGCCGGAAACACCCAUGACGAGCAGCUCAGCAUCCUCCACGAAGCUGCCCUCUCUGAGCUCUACUUCGUCCAGUCCGCCAGCCGCUUCCUCCGCGACUGCGCUCGGGGGCGAACACAGGUCACGGAGGGUCUCGUUGCGGCUGUCAGGACGCGGCGAGAACAGGCGACCGCGAAGCUUUCUUCCAUCGUCCGGCGGAUGGAUAUUCUAGGUGAGCAUAUCUACCUUGCAAUGGUCUUCGUUUCCCCGUCCGAACGUUCAGAACACGCUCAGCCGACCCGAAGUUCGACGCUACCCGACUUCGCGAGCACACGGAUGGCCGAACUCGCACAGCAGCUGAGCGACGAGCGACGGCGAGCGAAGUCGCUGUAG